AUGGCGUCCACUCUCACGCACCAGUUCGAUACUCCCGUUUACAAGGGCGCAGUCACCUUCCCGACACAACUGUUCAUCAAUGGUGAGUUUGUCGACCCUCUUGAUAAAGGGACGAUCGAUGUGAUCAAUCCGGCGACUUGCAAGGUUAUCGCCCGAGUUUCAGUUGGAUGCCGUAAAGAUAUCGAGGUUGCAGUACAAGCGGCACGAACAGCAUACAAACAGCACUGGGGUUUGAAGGUGUCUGGACCAGAUAGAAGCAAACUCCUUCAUAAGCUCGCUGAUCUUGUCGAAGCCAACAUUGAACAUCUUGCUGCUCUCGAGGCCCUUAAUGUCGGCAAGACGUUCUGCGCGGCAAAGGCGGUGGAUAUACCGACUGCAGUCUCUUUGCUACGGUACUAUGCGGGAUGGGCUGACAAGAUACAGGGCAAAAGCAUCCAGGCAUGUCUAUCGACAACCCUUGACAAGAUUGGUUUUACUCGCCACGAGCCUAUUGGAGUUGUUGGCGCAAUCGUUCCAUGGAACUUUCCCCGUUUGUAUUUACGCUUACAACGCGAUUCUGCGCUUACCCCAUUUCGGCUAGUGAGCAUGCUUGUUAUGAAACUCGCCCCCGCACUCGCUUGCGGAAACGCCGCUGUGGCGAAACCCUCUGAGUUCACACCCCUCUCCGCAUUGUUUUUGUGCACGCUGAUCCAAGAAGCUGGUUUCCCACCUGGGGUAAUCAACAUCGUGCCGGGCUAUGGAGACACCGCGGGGCAAGCGAUCUGUGAAAAUAUGAUCAUCGACAAGGUCGCAUUUACUGGGAGUACUCUCACAGGCAGGAAGAUUAUGGAAGCAGCCGCGAGAAGCAACCUGAAGAAAAUCAGCCUCGAGCUCGGCGGAAAGAGUCCGAACAUAAUUUUCGACGACGCAGACGUCGAACAGGCUGUCAAAUGGGCUAUUAGUGGUAUUUUCGCAAACCAAGGAGAGAUAUGUGUUGCGGGGUCUCGGAUUUACGUGCAAGCCGGCAUCUAUGAUGACUUUCUACAAAAGUUCACACAUAGCGCUCAGCAUCUUCGUUUGGGUGAUCCAUUUUCCCCGGACACGUUCCAGGGCCCUCAGAUAUCUGAGAGACAAUUUGAGACACCGAUACUCCGACGUAAGCGCGUUAUGGAUUACAUCAAAUCUGGCCAAGCAGAAGGCGCAACUCUUCACCUUGGUGGCAAGCGGCAUGGAACAGAAGGUUAUUUCAUCCAGCCUACUAUUUUCACGGGCUGCAAGCCCAAUAUGAAGAUUGUGAAGGAGGAAAUAUUUGGUCCUGUAGCAGCGGUUAUGAAGUUUGCCACGGAGGAAGAGGUGAUUGAACAAGCAAACAACACCACUUAUGGACUCGCCUGCUCGGUUUUCACGAAGGACAUCGAUAGAGCAAUGCGUGUUGCAAGUAACAUCGAGGCAGGCACCGCGUGGGUAAACUUCACUAACUGGCCGGACCUUGGACUGCCAUUUGGUGGAUUCAAGCAGUCAGGCGUAGGCAAAGACCUGGGCGAAUAUGCUCUUGAGAACUAUACCAACGUCAAAGCGGUGCUCAUUAACAUUGGGAUGAAGAUCUAA